GCGCCGCGGUGCGCGGGGCAGGGCUGGCCCCGGCGCGGGUGGCCUACCUGGCCUUCCCGGGGGAGCUGCUGCUGCGGAUGCUGCGGAUGGUGAUCCUGCCGCUGGUGGUCUGCAGCCUGGUGUCGGGAGCCGCCAGCCUGGACACCCGCUCGCUCGGCCGCCUGGGCGGCAUCGCCCUCGCCUAUUUCCUCGGCACCACGCUGCUGGCCUCCGGGCUCGCCGUCGCUCUCGGCUUCAUCGUCCGCCCCGGCGCCGGCGCCUCCGGCCUGAACGCCCCCGGGCUGGGGCUGCCGGGGGCCGUGCCCACCAGCAAGGAGACGGUGGACUCUUUCCUCGACCUCAUCAGAAACCUGUUUCCUGCCAAUCUUGUUGCUGCAGCUUUCCGAACGUAUGCGACAGAGUAUAAGUUGGUGCUCAGAAACACUACCUCUGGAAACGUCACGCAAGAAAAGAUCCCUGUUGGUACUGAGAUUGAAGGGAUGAAUAUCCUGGGACUAGUGCUGUUCGCUCUCGUUUUAGGAGUAGCACUGAAAAAGCUUGGCCAGGAAGGGGAAGAUCUGAUUCGCUUCUUUAAUUCAUUCAAUGAGGCAACUAUGGUCUUGGUUUCCUGGAUUAUGUGGUAUGUACCUAUUGGCAUUAUGUUCCUUGUUGGGAGCAAGAUUGUGGAAAUGGAAGAUAUUGUGCUUCUGGUGACCAGUCUGGGAAAAUACAUCUUUGCCUCUAUUUUGGGCCACUUCAUCCAUGGAGGAAUCAUUCUGCCACUUAUUUAUUUUGCAUCCACACGUCAAAAUCCGUAUCGUUUUCUCUUAGGACUUAUCACACCGUUUGCCACUGCUUUUGCCACUUGCUCCAGCUCAGCCACUCUCCCAUCGAUGAUCAAGUGUAUUGAGGAGAACAAUGGAGUCGACAAGAGAAUCAGCAGGUUUAUCCUUCCUAUCGGGGCCACUGUAAACAUGGAUGGAGCUGCUAUUUUUCAGUGCAUGGCAGCUGUGUUUAUUGCUCAGCUGAACAACGUCGACCUCAAUCCUGGGCAAAUCUUCACAAUUCUUGUGACAGCCACAGCAUCCAGCGUGGGCGCAGCCGGGAUCCCCGCCGGAGGAGUCCUCACCAUCGCCAUCAUCUUGGAGGCCAUUGGACUUCCCACCAACGAUCUGUCCUUGAUAUUAGCCGUGGACUGGAUUGUGGACCGAACCACCACAGUUGUGAAUGUGGAAGGGGAUGCCCUAGGAGCAGGCAUCCUUAAUUACCUGAAUGAAAAAGAAAAGAAAGAAAAAGAGCAGGAGCUGAAGGAAGUCAACGUGGAAGCAGUUGCUAACAGCAAGGCUGAAGGGGAAACCUCACCUUUGAGGAAGCUAUCUUGGAAAGAUACCCAGUUGCUGAUGAUUAUGUUCACGGCACUAGGAAGAGGCAGCUCCAGUGUCAUAGCAGCAGCAGCAGCUUCAUUUGCAAAGCAUCCUUCCUGGUAAAGGGACACAGUGAAUUUUGCAAAAAGGCACUCAAAAUGAGAUGUGGCGACCUCUGAGGGAAAACACAGUGAGUGCGUCAUUACUGCCUGUUUAAUUGUGUGCAGCAGGGCUAUGCAAACAAUCCAAGUAGGAAAGGAUUAGUCAGCCCACUGAGAAACUGCAGGUGGAGUUUCUUUUUAACCAUUUUAUUUAUAACUGCGUCCACAACAUGUGGUCAUUCCUUGGCUCAUCUUCAAAAUGGAAGGAGACAAACCAAAUUCUCUAGGGACAUCCUUUCCCCAGUAUUUAUUAUUUCAUUUUUAGCAGAUCAAGACCCACUGAAUCUUUGCAUUUCCUCCCAUUAGAAUCAUCCCAGCUCCUUUUAACUCAGGAAACCAAAAGCGCACUUUGUAACUGACAAUGAAAGUCAACAAAUAAAAGGUGUUUUGAAAAAAUUUGGAGCCUUGAAAAAAAUGGUUCUCAACAAAACUUUUUUUCUUUUUUUUUUUUUCUUUUUUAAUUAACAAGUCUAAGUAUUUUUUUGAAAAAUCUGAGUGCACUAAAACCCCAAACACUUUGAUUUCAAAGCUGUAUAUAGAUGUCUCAAGGAAGCUGAAAAUCAUGACUGUUCUCUAUGGGCUGGGUUCUGUAAGUUGCAUUUUAUCUUUCAUUAGACAUUUAGCUCCUGUGAUCCUCUCCCUCACCAUGAUACAUGCAGCUGGGAUCAGGACAUGAGAGCAAGUGGCACUCAAAUGACAACAAGCAUCAUCACAGCACUAUUUUGGACUAGAACAUUUCUCAUGUUCUCAUUUUUUUCCUCACCCCAAAGCUGUUGUUGCCCACAGGUAAAAGUACUCCCCUUGGCAUGUCCAAGACUGGGCUUCUUCACAGGCAGCACCUUGCCAUUGCUCCUCAUCCUUGCAGCAGUGUGCCAUAAGCUAUGGCACAUUCUCUCUGACAAUAGAUCCCAGGAAACAGUAAAUUAAAGCCAAUACCUCAGCCUUCCUAGUAUUUUUCAAUAGCAAUGGAGAAGCUGAAAUAUUUGCUGAAAAAUGCCUCUCCCAGUCCCCAGCAGCUUACUGCCAUGAUUUGCAUCAAAGUGAAUGACUAGUCCCAUGUAAAACUCGUUAGUGCAGUCAGAUUUAAGGAGGUCAAAUCAUUCUUGUAGCAGGGAUUUAACCAAGGAAAUCUAACACUCCUUCUCCUGGGAACAGGUGCCAUAAUGUUUAUAUGAACCAUGAGUAUUCAAGUCUCAGCCUUCCCAGAAAUCUGUGAUCUUACAGAGGCCUACUUUAGACUUGCAAAGGUGCCAGCUCUUUUGUUGUUUGUGCACAGCAAGAGGGAUCCCAGACUUUUCCAUGGAAGCAGAAAUGCUGAGUAACUACUGCUUUUCCGAACACCUUCUUGGUCUUUUCUGUAUCAUCUGUGUCAGAAAUGAAGUUUCUCGUUUUUCUGUGAUGUUCCCAUUCCUCACAACGGCCAUGUCACAUCUUCUAGGGCUCUCCAUCUGGCUUCAGGUUUUUUGUUUUUGGUUUUGGUUUUUUUUUCCAUACGGUACAAAUGUAAAAGAUCCAGUAUCACACUCUCUCAGACUGUAAAACAUUUGGCACAUUCCAACGCCUGCCCUUGUGAGAACGUGAAUCUUGAUCAAAAGUCCGAUGAGAUAGAGGACUUGCCAUUUAUUUCAAGUUGUCAAGUCUCUAGGUAGGGCCACUGGGAGUAAAAUGAAAGGCCUGCUGAAGGCUGAGCCUUUUAGAUGAUGUCCUUGACCUGCAGUGCAACAUGUUACACUGGGAGCUCCCUGUUUCAGGUCCCCAGGCAGCCUUGCUCCAAGAGGCUAAGACUGAGAAGGUGCUCAGCAGCCAUGCAGGUGGCAGUACCUGCUCUGCUCUCAUCCAGGCACUCCACCCAUCUGUUGCUGGUGUGAUAUUUCACUCCAAUGUCUCUUGACCAGACGUGUUUAUGUUCUUCCAACAUGACUAACUUGGAAACCUUUAGUCUGUUGCUUUUUCUUUCAGGAGGAAAUAAACUCCAUCUAAAAAACACUAAAAAACUCUGUGCCGUGACAUGUGGCUAUGGAUACCAGAAAAGGGAUGGAGGGUGCCAGCACUUGGCUGCUAUUAGGAUAUUUUCAGUAAAGACCCAUUAUUCCCAGGAGCUGAGAUUUAGCUGAGGCUGGUGUGUUGGUAAUUGCACCUUUCUGGUGAUGGCUCUGCUUUGUUUUUCCUUGGCUGCCCUGUCACUGCCUGAGGAGGCAAUGCCCUGAGCUGGAGGUGAGGGGACAGGAUGAGGAGAAGGAAGGUUUCAUAUGUGCUUGCUUUGUUUCUAUACUCUUCCAUGGAUAGUUGCUGUGGCCCGUGCCAGACGAGACCCAGUGUCAACAUUUUUAGACUCAUUCUCCUUUGGUUCCUCCAUAUUUUACAGCAAGAAUAAUGAAAACUGCAGUGUUUGGGCAGUUCCUCUUUCAGUCAAAUCAAAGGUCCUGGUAUGUUUGUAACUGACCACCCUGCUAUAUGUUGUAGGUUAUAUCCUCAAGAGCUUGCAAAAGGUACAAAGCCACCACCUCUUUUUGCAAACAUUUGUGGUGUUGGUCAACAGUCCAGGCUGAAUCUUCACUCUGCUCAUCUGCUAGCACAGUGCAUUUUGGCACCCACUGGAAGGCAUCCUCCUGUUGGAAAUCAUAAUUUUUCCUGACUCUUCCACAGCUGUGAGCUGUGGGCCUCAGGCAGGAAGUCAAAGGACCAAAAGACAAACUCUUACCAAAGGAAAAAUGUUACAUCUUCAUUGCUUUUAACUGGGCUUUGGCAGUUCAUAAUCACUCGCAGACCUGCCUGUAAAGUCUGAUCCUGUGACUGAUGAACAGCACAGAAUUAGGUCACAUAAAUCCUCUCCCUGUGCCUCCUUUUCUGUAAAUGAAGUUCACAGAUACUUACCUGUCUCUCACAGGCAAUAGUGUGGAGGAUAGUGAGUCUCAGUGUUUGGAAAGCACUCCAAAGGCACAGGCCACUAAAUCUUAGAUAAUAAUGAACUUUUCAGAAAUCUGAAAGGAAUUAAAUAAUCCAAGUGUGCAUCAUGAAGUCAGAGUUGUACUGUGCUAGAGUAAGAAUGACUGCGUGACAGAAAGGAGAUCCAGUGUAUGCAUUUGCUGGGAUAACUCACGGGAAGGGGGGGGAGCUGGUGUCAGUGUGAGCUGCAUUUCAAAAAGAUUGAAGUCUUGAUUUAGUCAAGGGGGGCACAGUGCCCUGUUGUAUCUGCCUCUUUCCACCUCCACCUGGGAUGGCAUGAAAGCUUAGGUUUGGGUAAAAUAACAGACCUCACUAUGGAUUCAGCAUCUAAAUUAGCUUUGACAGCUUCGUUUCUGUCUAGUUUCAAUGGAAGAAAGAGCUUUUCACCUAAAAAGCCAAGCUGUCUUGGCAGUAUGAGCAAAAAGGUGGAAGAAGGGAGGGCUGCAGGGUUAGCAUUGCAGAGGACGGGGUAAGCAGGUGGGUAAAGAAGGAAACAUCUUUAUCUUUUCCUGGGCUUUUUGAUACAGGUGGCAUCCAAAAGACCACAGGCACUUGUCCGACAUGUAGCAAUCCCUGCCCACUGACUGGCCAGGAUUUGCAGGGAGAGGCAGACGCUGAGUGCUGGUGUUUCCGAAGCACGCUGUCACUGAGCAACCACGAAGCAUGCAGUGUGCCAGCCUGGAGCUCUGAUAAGCUGCUCCUGGCUGCUAGCCAUGGCCACAGAGAAAUAACGGUACAGUUCUGGAUCAGGGAUUGACCCACAUUCCUCCUCGCAGGAGAGCUAGGACAAACGCUCCUCAGAUAAAUGCACGGUGGCCAUUAUACUCCCAGGACAAAGAAGACCUUGUUAUCUAUGCAAACAUGUUGAUGAAAGCUAUGUUCACUUGCUGCUUCAAUUUCAGGGAGGAGGAAAAAGGGUACAUCAAAUGAUCUGAAACUUUCUCCAGACAUUGGGCAACAUGUUGAGACAGUUGCCAUUUAAAAUAUUAAGUCUGAUGACAAGUGUUCAAGAGUCUUAUUUGGCUUCUGUAGCUCUGUCUUCACAUCUGAACACCGGCUUGGGAAGUUAAUGUUAACAGGGUAUUCAUUCUCCACACGGGGUCUUUACAUACAUUUGUGACCAGCUGGCACCAUUUCACAGCUAUGAAUGCAUGCAGAAAAAGGUGAAAGAAGGCUUUCUUGAGUCAUAUGAAGAACCAUCAAACAGGCUAGGAGCAGACCUUGAAUCCUGAAGCCAAAUUCAUUGUGAGCUAAUAAAUAUCACCUACCUAAAAAAAUAGCACCUGAGGGGUUUAUAAAUAUGCUUGAGUAUUAAUACCAGAGUAUUAAUAGCAUGUCAGUGCAGGAUGAUCACUUCUCUUUUUGGAGGAAUGGAAGGGGAGAAGUGUAGAAGUAGGAGAGUUAACUUCCCUAUGGGAUGGAUUUCAAACAAACAAACAACAAAAAAAAACCAAAACACCACACAAAACCAAAACCCAAACAAACAAAAAUACAAAACAAAACCACCACAAAGAAAAACAUUCUUCUUCAUGGAAGAGUUCACAGUAUGGUUACUAAUCAAAUUCUGUCUCGGCAUCAGCAGCUAUGAAAUCUCAUUUGUAUUUGACCACUGAUAUCAGUGCCAGCAGGAGGUGAAGACUGUGGACAUUUCAGCAGGCCCGCUGCUCUUGAAGUUUUGAUCAAGAAACAUUUAUACUUCCUGAGGCCACAGAUGCUGUUUAAAAGGCAAGCAGGCCCACCAGCAGGAACCAGCAUGAGGAAGUUAACUUUGAGCCAGCCCUGUUGUAAUGCAAAGUUAACAAUGUGGUUUUAAACCACAGAGACCAAGGAAUUUGGUGUUGGAUGUUCCUUAGGAGAGCUUUUGCUUGGUCCUUCUGAUAGCAGCGCUGAGAAAAUAAUAUGCUUCUUUUGCAAGCAUGUAGUUAGUAACUGAAGCUAAGCUGCUCUGCGUAUGGCAUGUCAGUGCAACUUAAGUUAAUUGCAGUUACACGUUGCAGAAAGAAAGUACUGAGGGCAAUCAUCUCUCAAGGAAACUGUUUACACAUGCCUGAAUCCCCUUGGAUUACAUUCCCGCUGAAAGAAUUGUGCUUAACCAUAAAAAAUACUCCAAAUAUUAACUGGUUUGGGUUGUAGUUUUCUUGAUAGCUAGAAGGAGUGGAUGAGUCAGGGCCUUCGCUGGUGUGUGUCAAUGUAAUUUCCUGAGCUUUCAGUGGCCUGUGGAUUUCUGAUGGAGAUGAUACCUUCUUAGCAGCAUAGGCUUUUGGUCUGGUCCUCCCAAGAUGAUUGUGUUUAGUAAGACAGCAAUUAAGGAACAUUUUUUAAACUUAUUAGCUAUAACUAGAGGCAUUUUACGUGCUCACAGCAUCCUUAUGACAUGGUGUCUGCCUCAAGAAAAACAUGUUUUCUAAAUGGCCAGUGUUGAUGCAGCAGCAAAGCUUCCUCAUUUUUUUUGAUCAGUUUUCUUUCUCUGUAUCCCUCUUGCAGAGUCUGCUGCGGCCCUUGGAGUCUGCCAAGGCCCCAGCAGGACCAGGCUCCUAUAGUAAAUAGGUUUGACUUAAAGAUGCUCUAGUCCCAUCUGAGGACAUGGGCUGUCUUGCAUCCUGUUUUGAGGGAUGAAGACAUAGCUUCAACUUUGCAGGAGGGGCUGAGCUGAAGAAAACCCUGCUUCAUUAAAGCAGUACCUCAGUGACAUUUUGCUCUUACUAAGUCAAAUAAUUGUGACCAAGCUACCCCAGCCCUGGCUGCCUCCCUACUUUGCCCCACAAUAGAUUCUCUGUUGACAUAACUUCCCUGGGGACCAGUGUGGCAGUAAUGUGUUUGCCAUCCAUGAAUAUUGCAGUCUUUUAGGAAUUUUGUCUUAUUUAGACUCUGUGUCACUACCCUGGCUACACUUCUGUAAGGCCAUCCACGAAGCACGUGCUGUAUAGGAUGGAGACCAUAUGUAGCACUAAAUAGCUGAGCAUACCUCUGCUAACAGGAGAUGAGCCUCUCUUUCUGACUUGUUUAUGGCAAACUGAGACUGACUCACUCACUGCUUUGUGAGGGUGAAGAUUUUUGUUAGAUUUUGAUUAAUCCCUCUAGAUUCGGGGACAGUGAGAACACUCCUAAGGCACGAGGAGUCUCUGCAGCAGAGGCACACAAUCUGCCUUAUUGUCCUUACAGGUGCCUUGUCCUGGUUCCCUUCAGGACAAAUUCCAAGUUGCUGUUUGGCUUUCAAAUAUAACUAUGCACCAAAGGUGAGAGACUCCAUUUUCCCUGGAGACCAGAGGGAGAACAGGAUGUCCUGGUGUGGGACAGGGACAGUGAGUUUCUUCUCUUUAUCCUGUAAGCUCUCUGCCAGCAAUCCAGCCUCAGAUGCGUGCGUGCGUGUGCUUUUAUUUCUACAUGGACACAAAUUGCUCUAAUUAGGAGGGAGGAUUCUUGUAUUUUUAUAUGCCUAGGCAUUUGAUUAAUUACUUUAAUAAAAUGACAGAUGAACUCUGAAAUUCACUGCCAUCUGCUCCAGUACAAUCCAGUAUCACUGAUACAAAGGUAUCUGCCUUCAGAUAACCUUAGAGUCCAGUGGUUACUCUAAGGCAGAGUAACCACUCCACUGAGUGAGUACGUGUGCCAUAUGGGUGUGUUGAUCCUUGUGAAUGUCUGUAACUGUUCCUGUUUUAAAGCUUUGGGUUUGAUCUGUGUGACUCUGUAUCAGCCUUUUUAUUAUCUACCAAGAACAGAUGUAUGUGCACAUGUGCAAAGAAAAAGACCAUAUUGCUGUGCUUGAGGGUGUGUGACCCUGGGGUAGAUACUACGGAUGUUUACUGUGUAAAGUGCACCCUUUGGCUUAAAAACUCUCCCUGCCUGCCCAGGGAGAAAAGAGUCCUGUGGUUCAGGUUGAGAUGGUUUGUUUUGCUAGGAGGGUGACACAACAGGAUGCUCUCUCUCUUUCCCUUCUGUCAUGGCAAUGUAUAUUUGUUCUCUCUUUGUGUAACUUCUCAAUCUGAAAUAAAAAUCACC